GAUUGAUCUGAGUAAAAACAACAUUACCUCUCCUGGCAUAGGUCCCAAAGCAUUCAAAAUCCUGAAAAAGCUGAAACGUUUGUAUUUGGAUGGAAAUAUGCUGGUUCAUAUUCCCUCUGAAUUGCCAUCAACUUUGGAAGAAAUAAAAAUAAAUGACAACCAACUUCAUGUCAUUGAUGAAGAUGGCUUAAAAGGUUUAAAGAACUUGGUUACCUUGGAAUUAGAAGGAAAUAAACUUAGUGAAGCGAAUGUCAGUCCUUUGGCSUUUUAUCCUUUGAAAAGUCUUUCUUAUUUGCGACUGGGAAGAAAUAAAUUCAGAAUUAUCCCACAAGGUCUUCCUGCCACACUUGAGGAGUUAUAUCUGGAAAAUAAUCAAAUUGAAGAAGUGUCAGAAAUUUGCUUUAACCAUACGAGAAACAUCAACAUCAUUGGGCUAAAGCAUAACAAAUUAGAAGAGCACAGGAUAGCACCUUUGGCUUGGAUAAACCAAGAGAACUUGGAGUCAAUCGAUCUCUCUUACAAUAAGUUAUAUCAUGUUCCCUCCUACCUGCCAAAAUCUUUACUCCAUCUGGUACUUAUAGGAAAUCAGAUUGAAAGAAUUCCAGGUUAUGUGUUUGGCCACAUGAAGCCAGGGCUGGAGUAUCUCUACCUGUCCUUUAACAAACUCACCGACGAUGGCAUCGACCCUGUGUCAUUUUUUGGAGCUUACCACUCCCUGAGGGAGCUCUUUUUGGAUCACAAUGAGUUAAAGGCUGUACCCUUUGGGAUUGAUGAAAUGAGGAAACUACGUUUUCUAAGACUGAACAAUAAUAAAAUAAGGACGGUGCCCCCCGAACGCAUCUGCMGGGCUCAGACCAACCACGAGGAUGAACACGAACACAGUGAGGAGGAGAAUGAAGAUUCCCACUUGGAACACGUUCACCUUGAGAACAACUACAUCAACACAAGGCAGCUCUCCCCACACUCAUUUUCAUGCAUAAGAUCCUACUGCAGUGUUGUUCUUAAGCCACAAAAGACCAAUAUGAAAGAAUACACUCUCCUUCUCUUCUUGGCUUUAUGCUCUGCCAAAUCUCUCACUGGUCCUUCAUAUUUUACCCUGAAGAAUAUGAUGCUCCAAGAUAUGGAAGAUGACGACGAUGAUGACGAUGAUGACAAUUCUCUAUUUCCAACCACUGAACCAAUUCUACCACUAAUUCCUUAUGAUCUGUUCCCAACRUGCCCUUUUGGAUGCCAGUGCUAUAUGAGAGUUGUCCAUUGCUCUGAUCUAGGUUUGACAUCAAUUCCUCGCAACAUCCCGCCAGAUACUCGUAUGAUUGACCUUCAAAACAACAAAAUCAAAGAGGUCAAGGAAAAUGAUCUCCAAGGACUCACAUCACUUUAUGCACUGGCUUUGAACAACAAUAAAAUAUACAAGAUCCAUCCCAAAGCCUUUCAACCAACAAAGAGGCUACGACGACUUUAUUUGUCCCACAACCAACUGACUGAGAUUCCAACAAACCUACCCAGAACUUUGGCAGAGCUCAGAAUUCAUGCAAAUAAGGUUAAGAAAAUCCCCAAGGAUGUAUUUAAAGGAAUGAAGUCUCUACAUGUUUUAGAAAUGAGUGCCAAUCCUCUUAACAAUGAUGGAAUAGAGCCAGGGGCUUUCGAAGGAGUAAAUAUCUACCACAUAAGAAUUGCAGAGGCAAAGCUAACUUCAAUUCCUAAAGAUUUGCCCUCUAGUCUACUGGAGCUUCACUUAGAUGACAAUAAGAUCACAGGAAUUGAACUUGAGGAUUUCAACCGUUACAAAGACCUUCAAAGGCUAGGCCUUGGGAAUAACAAAAUCAAAGACGUGGAAAAYGGAAGUUUUGCAAACAUCCCAAGUAUACGUGAAAUCCACCUGGAAAAAAAUAAGCUGAAGAAGGUUCCUCCCGGAUUACCUGAACUGAGAUAUCUGCAGGUGGUCUUCCUUCAUUCCAACCACAUUGCCAAGCUGGGGGUGAACGAUUUCUGUCCAACGGGACGCAGGAAGAAGAAAGCCCUGUACAGUGGCAUCAGCCUCUUCAACAACCCUGUCAAGUACUGGGAGGUUCAGCCUUCAACCUUCCGCUGCAUUUUAGCCAGGAACAGCGUUCARCUUGGGAAUUUCCUCAAGUGAGACCCAAGUCUGUUGUUUCAAAAAGCAACCUGUUCAAAUCAAUUCUACAAUACUUGAAAUUUGCAGAAAAAUGCCGAUUUUACGCUAUUUAACCGUUUACAAAGUAUUUGCUAUUUCAGAGGUAAUUAAYUAGGAACAAUAUGCUAAGUAGGAUCCAUUGUAUUAACUGACAAUGUUCAACCUACAUUUGAAUAACUUAAACAAAAGUCUUUAUCUCUUAUACAAGGACUCUUAGAAGUGGAACUGGAAACUGUAUUUGAUGUUUCCUAAUAUAGAUGUUAAAAUUCCUUCCUCAAAUCACACUGUUUGGACACAUUUCUUUCUUUCAAAUAAAUUCUAAAAAACAUGUGGAAGUGAGUUUUCCACAUUAAGCACCUUUUUUUCUCUCCCAGAAAGUGCUGUAAGAGAAGUUGCACAACCUAAACUUAUCAGACUUCAAGGUCAACUUCUUGUGCCAUUUUUGAUAAUGAGCAAAGAUGCAAUAAAAAGCUACAAUAUCRUCAGGUUGUUAUCUCUAAGCUAGAACACAUUUUUACAAUCUUUUAAGUGAGAUAAAGGCAAAUUUCAUAUCAAGAACAGACAAACAGCCUUCAAAAGUGUUUGAUAAUUUUUCCUUGMCACUUUAAGAAGAAAAUGUCCUUCAAUGUUUUGCUAUGGAUAGAAUUGGAUGCAGUCUGAACAUUAAAAGUAGCAUUCAAGAUUUAUCAUAUGCUUCAAGCUUAAUAGAAUGACUAUUAAACUCCCUUUAGGGCAGCACAAACAUUUUCUUUUAUCUAUAACAACUGUAAUCGUGUUUUUCACUUUAUUCUUUUCCUCUUUCACAUUUUGACAUCACACGGGUUAAGGAUCCCUCCUUAAUGAAAUACCUUACAAUUACCAAAACCAAGCAGCUGGAACUYGCCUGCCCUGCCCUUCCAAUGCAGGGCAGCACACAGAAUUCUCAAUACUGACAGUACUGUAUAAAAUGGAUAUUUCAGAUAUCUAUUUAGUGUAUAUUUGCUAUUGGGAUUUGAAAUAAAUUAAAUAAACUUACAGAAU